AUGGGAGGAUGUUGCAGCCAUGAGCUUGGUAUUCGAGAGAAGGUUGAGAGCGAUUUGGGAGAUGAACAUGAGCUUGAUUAUGAGGGCAAUGAUAUAGAAUAUGGUUAUGGUGGUGAAAUCAUAAGGCUCAAAGGGUGCUCUAGGUUUGUAUCAAUGUAUUGCCAACAGGGUAAGAAAGGUGUCAAUCAAGAUUCUAUGACUGUUUGGGAGGACUAUACCGGAGAAAAAGACAUGAUGUUCUGUGGUGUUUUUGAUGGGCAUGGUCCUCUAGGGCACAAAGUAUCGCAAUAUAUCCGCGACAAUCUACCUUCGAAGCUGUCUGCAGCAAUCAAAUUGGCACAACAAAAGGCCAACAACUACUAUGAUGAUAGUGAUGCAGAUACAAGCACGUUUGAUGAUUCUAACCAGAACAUGUCCCUUGCUUCAUGGGAGGGAUGCUUUAUCAAGACAUUCAAGGAAAUGGAUGAUUACCUUGCCAAGGACAUUAAUACCGACAGCUAUUGCAGCGGUUGCACCGCCGUUACUGUCAUCAGACAGGGUGAUCAGCUUAUAAUCGGAAAUUUGGGCGAUUCUCGCGCGAUUCUUUGUACUAGAGAGAGAGAUCAACGCGUUCCUAUUCAACUUACCGUGGAUUUGAAACCUGAUCUUCCAAGUGAAGCUACAAGGAUCAUGAGCUGUGAAGGCAGAGUUUUCGCGGCAGAGGAAGAACCCGACGUGUGCCGAAUAUGGAUGCCUGAUGAUGACUGCCCUGGAUUAGCUAUGUCCAGAUCCUUCGGAGACUUUUGCCUCAAAGAUUAUGGCCUCAUCUCAAUUCCUGAUGUAUUUUACAGGAAACUUUCCAAGCAAGAUGAGUUUGUGGUCUUGGCAAGUGAUGGGGUAUGGGAUGUGCUGAGUAACAAUGAAGUUAUCAACAUAGUUGCUUCAGCACCAAGCAGAAGCGUAGCAGCCAAAUUGCUUGUAAAAAGAGCGGUUCGAGCAUGGAGAUACCGGUAUCCCGGGUCCAAGGUAGAUGAUUGCGCAGUUAUAUGCUUGUUCCUGGACGGCGAGCAGCCGGUGUUAUCCCACUCGCAGUCCAAAAGGGUUGGCAAACAUCUCAGCAAACACCCUCAUCGCAACCGAACGAUGAGCAACGAAGACAACGAGACAGUGGCCGGAAAAGUGGGGGUAGAGCUGAAUGUCAAUGAAGAAUGGAAGGCUCUUGGAGGGUUAGCUAGAGCCAACUCCUUAUCAAAACUUCCAAGGCUUACAAGAGAUUUGAGUAGAAGGCAAGUAUCAACUAGGUUCAUUCAAGGCAGCUGA